GUUUCGAAGAUGAUGGUAGCUAACAGCUUCGAUCUAUGGCAAAAGGAUGUUUUUUUCUCUGCAGCCGAAGAGGUUCAAGAAUCUGCCGAUAUAAUGGAAUCUGCAUACAGGUUGUGGGUUAAACAGAAGAGAGAAGGCCGAGUAACAGUAGAUUCAGACGAGCUAUGCAAAGAGCUUCAAGCAGCUUUGAGCACAGCAAAAUGGCAGUUGGAAGAGUUUGAGAGAGCAGUGAGGUUGAGGCAUGGACAUUGUCGAGACGACACUACGUUAACAAGGCAUAAACAGUUUGUUUCAGCCAUCGAGAACCAGAUCCAUCGAGUACAGUCUGAUCUGCAAGAGGCUUUAACCGAGAAUGAUAAACAGCCAUCGCGUUGGGUUGAUCUUAACAAAGAAGAGCGUGAUGACCUUGCGAUGUUUCUGUCUGGAUCUUCUCAGACCUCUGAGAGCUUAAACAGUGAAAGCACCAACUUGAGAGAUUCCUCAACAAGUUCCUUAGCUGAAAAUCCUCGUGUGAUCAGCAGCAGAAGAGAGAUGAGAUGUUACGGCGAGAGUCCCGACUGUGUGAUAGACAUUGACGAAGGAGGUAGCCCGGAAAGUGCUGAUGCUGUAAUCCGCUUGCAGGCUGAUAAAAAGUUCGGUACAAGAAGAACAUGGAGUUCACCGAAUGUACCGAACAUCAGUGCGUUGAGGAUUAAUGUUCCUGUUGGUGGGAAAGAAGAGGAGAGGAAGAGACUUGUGUCGGAAAUCGAUGCGACUCCUAAAGAAAAAGGAUCUAAACCUCUGUUUUGGCUGCAGAGCUCUCGUGAUUAUAACCAGCUCUUUGACAGAGUCAGAUAUUACCAAAGGCGGUUUCGUGUUCCGUUUAGCCGCCCGAUUCAGCUCAUUCUUUCCGUAACGCUAAUCGUGUUUCUUCUAUGUGAGUCUAUUCUUCUCUCUUACUCUUUGGAGUUUAUUAAUCUUGAGAACUCUCGAGAAAAAUUGACAGGUUUUAUUUUUACAGAUUCUUGCGUGUUGGUCACACACCUUAGAUGCUACAUGAUUCAACAUCCCUCAAGAAGGAACAUAUAG